CCAGCCGGAGGUAGGAGCCCGAAGCUGUCCGUACGGCGUAGCGUCCCCGUUUGCUGUGACCGCGGAGCUAACGUUAGCGCGGACUGGGCGGACGGGGCAGAGGCACAGUUGGUCAGUCUGGCUGGUGAAGGGCACGGCGGCGGCAGUGUGCGGCAGGGUUCCGCCAGGCGGGCCGUGGACACCUCGGAGUCUCGGACUCACUCUCCGGCUGCCCACAGGUGCAAUGAAGGCACUGAUUUUGGUGGGCGGUUAUGGGACGCGUCUGCGGCCGCUGACGCUAAGCAUCCCGAAGCCGCUGGUGGACUUCUGCAAUAAGCCUAUCUUGCUGCAUCAAGUGGAGGCGCUGGCCGCGGCCGGCGUGGACCACGUGAUUCUGGCCGUGAGUUAUAUGUCUCAGGUGUUGGAGAAGGAAAUGAAAGCGCAGGAGCAGAAGCUAGGAAUCCGAAUCUCCAUGUCCCACGAAGAGGAGCCUCUGGGGACAGCGGGGCCCCUGGCCCUGGCCCGAGACUUGCUCUGUGAGACUGCAGACCCUUUUUUCGUCCUGAACAGUGACGUGAUCUGCGAUUUCCCCUUCGAAGCCAUGGUGCAGUUCCACCGGCACCACGGUCAGGAGGGUUCCAUUCUGGUGACCAGAGUGGAGGAACCCUCUAAGUACGGUGUGGUGGUGUGUGAGGCAGACACAGGCCGCAUUCACCGGUUCGUGGAGAAGCCACAGGUGUUUGUGUCCAACAAGAUCAACGCAGGCAUGUACAUCCUGAGCCCUUCAGUGUUACGGCGCAUCCAGCUGCGGCCCACAUCCAUUGAGAAGGAGAUCUUCCCUGUCAUGGCCAAGGAAGGGCAGCUCUAUGCCAUGGAGUUGCAGGGCUUCUGGAUGGACAUUGGGCAGCCCAAGGAUUUCCUCACCGGCAUGUGCCUCUUCCUACAGUCACUGAGACAGAAGCAUCCUGAGCAGCUGUGUUCAGGCCCUGGCAUUGUGGGCAACGUGCUGGUGGACCCAAGUGCCCGUAUCGGUGAGAACUGCAGCAUUGGCCCCAAUGUGAGUCUGGGUCCCGGUGUGGUGGUGGAGGAUGGCGUGUGCAUUCGGAGGUGCACUGUGCUGCGAGACGCCCACAUCCGCUCCCACUCCUGGCUGGAGUCCUGUAUCGUGGGCUGGCGCUGCCGUGUGGGCCAGUGGGUAAGCCUCGGGGCUGGGCUCGGUGGGGACGGUGGGGACGGCCUCUGCCUCACUGCCGUGCCUACCUCCUCCCCGCAGGUGCGCAUGGAGAAUGUGACCGUGCUGGGCGAGGAUGUCAUAGUGAGCGACGAGCUCUACCUCAACGGGGCCAGCGUGCUGCCCCACAAGUCUAUUGGUGAGUCGGUGCCGGAGCCCCGCAUCAUCAUGUGAGGGGUGCUGCGGGGCCGCUCGAGCCCCAGUUUCCCUUGACAAGGGGAACACUGGCUCGACAUGUCUGAAGGCCUGGACUCAUUGCCAUUUGACUGGGGAGGACUGGACGAGGCUGAAGUUGCCAGACACCUGCCUUCUCCCAUGGACAUAAGCUGGCAAGAUCCUUGUUCGGCAUACCCCACAAAGCCCACUCCCUUAAGAACAAUGGGGCCAGAACUGUAUGGAAUAAUAAUUUAAUGCUCACUGCG